GAAUAAUAUCUUCUCCCCACUCUCUCUUAACCUUUUGGCUUCGCUAUUUCUCUGCCAGUCAAGUGGUUUCCAUAGAAAAUCGUUUUUCGCCGAAUUCGAAACGGAAAGAAAAGAAAAGCUUUGGGAGAAAUUUGCUGCAUCGAGCUUGCAAAUGGAGGUCUGGUUCUUGUCAGUGAAGCUCUGAAGGAUAUCGGUAUGAAUGGGAAGUUUACCUUGUGCUGAGACAAAAGCUUUAAGAGUUCUUUGAUGCAGGAACAGGUUGUCGUUCCUUUUCAUGAAAUUUGAUAUGAAUUUUUGUUUUUGAGCUUUUGAUUUCUGUCUGGGGGCUGGAGUUUGGAGGUAUGGAUCUAUAUUUUUCUAUCUUAACUUUUUGAAUCACAACUUUGCUUUUAUUACGAAGUGUAGGUUUUUGUCAUGUAAAGUCUGUUAACAAUUACCGUAUGCAAAUUCUGAUUUACUCCCAUGAUAUUUGUGUGGGUAUAAAUUUGUUUUGGCCUGUGGAGUAUGCUCAGGUAUAGGGUAUUUUUUUUGUUUCUUUCAGAGUUAUUAUAAAAGUAUCAUAAAAGUACUGACUUGACUGAUGGAUAGGGUUGUUAUUUGCAGAAAUUGAUAGUUGAAGUGCUUGAGAUGUGGGGAAUCCAUGACUCACCUGACGAGGGUGUUGCAUUUGUGUGUUAAUUCCUCACAAUGUUUUUUCAGUGUGGUUGAUAUAGGCUGGUCCAAUGAACAAUAAUGUUGGGAAAGGGAAAAGAGGUUUGGCAGAACGUAAUCAUAUGAUUUUUGACAAAAAGAGCCUCAAUUUUGGAGUAGCCAAUGGAGGGGUAAGUUCUGGAUCAUCAACAGAAGAUGACCCAAGAUUUAAUAAGCUGAGUCAAGAUGGAAACAAUGGAUUGAAGGGUCUGAUUCAAAUCAAUGGGAGCUUGCAGGUUUCACAGCAACCACCUCAAGGGCCAGUCAUUUGCUGGGAGAGAUUUCUCCCUGUGAGAUCAAUAAAAGUUUUGCUGGUGGAAGAUGAUGAUUCAACACGCCACGUUGUGCGUGCUCUUUUAUGCAAUUGUAGUUACGAAGUUACUGCUGUUUCCAAUGGUCUUCAAGCCUGGAAAGUCCUAGAAAAUCCAGAAAAUUGCAUCGGUCUGGUCUUAACAGAGGUAGCUAUGCCAAUUUUGUCUGGAAUAGGUCUUUUGUGCAAGAUCAUGAACCACAAAACACUGAAGAAUAUCCCUGUGAUUAUGAUGUCGUCUCAUGAUUCUAUGGGUAUCGUCUUUAAGUGUUUGUCAAAAGGUGCUGUUGACUUUUUAGUGAAACCUAUUCGGAGGAAUGAACUUAAAAAUCUUUGGCAGCAUGUCUGGAGAAGAUGCCACAGUUCUAGCGGCAGUGGGAGUGAAAGUGCGACCAACUUCAGAAAAUCUACGAAGUCAAGAAGUAAUGAUGCUUCUGAAAACAAUAGUGACAGCAAUGAGGAGAAUGACUAUGGAAGCAAAGGCUUGAGCAUUCGAGAUGGAAGUGACAAUGGAAGUGGCACUCAGUCUAGCGGCAGUGGGAGUGAAAGUGCGACCAACUUCAGAAAAUCUACGAAGUCAAGAAGUAAUGAUGCUUCUGAAAACAAUAGUGACAGCAAUGAGGAGAAUGACUAUGGAAGCAAAGGCUUGAGCAUUCGAGAUGGAAGUGACAAUGGAAGUGGCACUCAGAGUUCGUGGACUAAAUGUCUGGCUCAAGUUGGCAGUCCUCAUCCACUUUCACCACAUAAACAAUUGGUUGAUCCCCCUGAUAGCACUUGUGCCCAAGUGAUGCAAACGAAGACUGAAAAAGCUAGUAGUAGAUGGGUGCAUGCAACAGAAAAGGAGUGCCUUGAACUUAUUGAUCAUCUUGAUGAUGUUGCAAUGGGCAAGGACUUGGCUGUUGGAAUAUCUUUGAGUAUGCAACUAGAGCAUCGACUUGAGGGACUGUCUAGCAAUCCAAUGGGUAAAGGGGCAAAUAAAAUGUCUGAUGAUGAUGAUAUGCAGAUAGUUAAAGGACAGAGUAAUGCCUGUGAAAAAGGAGAAAUGGAAUGCAAUGGUGGUAAAACCAGGACACAGGAAAAUCAGACUAUGAAUGUUAUUGAUGUUACUGAUAGCAACAGUCCACAGGCUGAAAGCAGAGACUUGAACACUCCAAAUGGGUUCUCUGGUUUCUCACUAACGAAAGAAAACUCUUGCCCCAAAGAGCAUCCAUCCCUGGAACUAACUUUGAAAAGGCUGGGAGAAGUAAGAGAUCCUAAAAAUGUCACGGGUGAAGAAUGCAAUGUUUUGAGACAUUCAGACCAAUCAGCAUUGUCAAAAUAUAAUACUGCUUCUUCUGCUAACCAGGCUCAAACAGGAAAUGUAGGAAGCUGUUCUCCACUGGCCAAUGGCUCAGCUGCACCUAAUGCAGAGGUAAUACACAACUUUCCAUCUCACUCAAAUGUCACUCCUCCAAACCAGCAAUCUAAUGGGAGCAACAACAUCAAUGACAUGGCCUCCAUUAAUACAUAUCUUGGCACCAAACCUUGUACUUUUGACAAGAUGCCAGAGUCUGUAAGAGGUUUGGGCUCAUUUAAUUCCUCUGAACUCCGAACAAUACGGAACAAUAGUAUCUCUUCGUCUCAGAAGAAAACCUAUGCCCGGGAAGAAUAUAUGGAAAUUGUUAGAGGACAAGUGGGAAGCUCUGAACAUGACUUCAAAGCCGAGCACACUCAUUAUGAGCUUCACCAUUAUAAUCACAUUUCCCGUAAAGCGGCUGUAGAUCUCCAAUCAGAUCAUGAUCUCUUACUCAAAAGAUCAACCAACACUGCUCAGCAAUGUGUAUCAUCAAAUGCGUUUGGAGGGCCAGCAGAAAGUAAUGCUGCAAACUACACAAUAGAUGGAAAUGCUGGGGAGAGUGAUCACGGGAGCAAUGGACAUGGGAGCAAUGGACAGGACGGAACCAUGACAAUGAGGACAGUAAAUGUGGAAAAUGGCAAUGUGGCUGUUGGGAGCAUUGGAGUUGGUGGCAUUGAUAGGAAAACCAUUGGGAAUGGGGCAGAUGAAGGACGACUUUCAUUGAGAGAGGCUGCUUUGACCAAGUUUCGUCAAAAGAGAAAAGAAAGAUGCUUUGAGAAAAGGGUUCGAUAUCAUAGCAGGAAAAAACUAGCAGAACAGCGGCCUCGUAUUAGGGGACAAUUUGUUAGACGAAUAGUGUCUGAAGCCAAAGAAGAAAAAGAUCACCAAAGUGACAACCUGGUACCUGGGGAUAAUACCGACAUUCCUCAAUAACACCAGCCAAAUGCUGGCCAUUAUUUGACUGAUUCUGUUCCAGUAGCGACCUCCAGCUUCUUGCUUGUCAGACUAGUCCUUCGCACAAUCACCUAGGAAGGAGCUCGGAAGUUUGUCUAGUGGGAACCUGUGAUUAGGUAGUUUACCUUUACCUCUGUUGUUUUGAAGAACAGAUAUUUAAUUUGAACCUUCAGGACAACUUUCUAUAAUCUGAUCUUGGUUGUGUGAACUUGAAAACUCCAAAUGGACCCAUGGAAGUGGUUACCUUUGGAUAGGUUAACCUCUGAUGAAAUAAAAUUUAUCAUGUUAGCUUUUA